AUGGACGUCAAUCGUUGUGGUUUGGGCAUCAAAGAGCCCAUGUUUCGACUGCCUUCCGAGCUUCAGGGUAUUCAGGAGGACUUCUACGAGCAUGGCAUAGCCUUUCUCAAAGAAUGUGAUGAAGCAAAGUUAAGCAAGCUCGCCAGCCAGCUUGGAAAGAUUGUCCGCCCUCGUAAUGAGAAGAUCAGUGGCACCGGUAUAAGCAAUAUCCGAUUCGAGCCCUCUCUUGUUGGCAAGGGUUACAGUUCUGAAGAGCUUUACUUUCACACUGACCGUAGCGGCUGGGACUGUCCCCCUCGGAUCCUUGUGUCUACUCUGAAGAGCAAGUCGACCAACGGUGGUAUCUCGAUGUUGGCCGAUACCACUCGAAUCAUCCAAGAAAUUAAGAAACAAGGAGAUGGUCUUUACGAGCUGCUUACAGACCCGAAGCAUUCUAGCUUUCGCACGGAUGAUGGCUCGUUUGUGGCCCGUCCGAUUUUUGACGAGAGCUCGGGGCUGUUUCGUUUUCGCUUCGACGACGGAAUCCAGCUAUCUGCGUCUCUCGUGCUUCGCUUCUCCCAGCUAUUUGAUGCCAUUUAUCGCAACUCAUUUUCCGUUGGCCUGGAGGAAGGCCAGGGGUAUCUUCUGGACAACCACAGAUAUUUGCACGGCCGCACUUCCUUCAUUGGGUCCCGUGAACUCCUGAGAGCUCUUGUCAAUCUCCCGCCCCCAAAGUCGGUUGUCACUAUCUUAUUCGACAUUGACGGAACACUCUGCCGAUCCGAGGAGCUGAGUGUCGAUGCCUUUUAUUCGUGCUUGAGUGAUAUUGUGGGUAGGCCAAUAACUCAUGCUAAUACUACUGUAAGCCUCCAUGGAAGAACCGACCUGGGACUACUUCAAGACAUCCUUGACUUCCACAAAGUGGAACCAAAGACCUCUGUUACGGAAAAAUUUCUUGAAUCCCACCCCAGGUAUCUACAUGCUUCACUCGAGAAGGGGCUCAAAUCAGUAGCGUGCCAAGGUGUCAAAGACACGUUGGAGUGGUUGACGGCGAAGAAAAAGAAUUCCGACUCUCCAACCCUAAGAGUGGGACUGCUGACUGGCAAUUCUCGUUCGAACGCACUCUUAAAGAUACGUGCCGCUGGAAUUGACACUGAACUCUUCGACCUUAGCAUCUCUGCAUUCGGUGAUACCCAUGUGGAUCGGAUAUCUCUUAUUCAGGAUUCCAUGAAAAAGCUGCGUGCUAGGGACGGCCCUGACCUCCAUGAAAGCAAGGUCAUCAUUGUCGGCGACACGCCUCUCGACAUCGAAUGUGCUAAGAGGGCUGGAUGUGCUGUCGUCGCGGUUGCCAGCGGAAACUACAACAUGGACGACCUGGAAAUGCUCGAGCCGGAUCAUGCUUGUGCACAGAUUGGCGAGUCGAGAGCUUACCUUGAUUCUCACUUGAGCCGACCCGCCACUCCACUGCCUUUGAUGGGUAACUGA